AAUUGUGACCUUUUUUCAGGUGGUUUGCUCUAUUAUUUUUGGAAGUUGAAUCUAAUUUCGAAAUACAGACAAUUAUGUUUACCAGUUAAAGCGGGAAUAAGAACAUUAAAAACAAAAACAAUUAGAGAAGAGAUGAUCUUUUUUCAAAACAUAGGAUAGUAUGAAUUUUAAGGCAGGAUCCUUGAUAUUUGUAGUGGCUGUUCUUGUCACAGGAAUUGCAACAGCAAAUCAAUCUACCUCAAAAAACAUUAAAGGGAAUAAACAGGAAUCCUCAGCAAUAAUUCCAACAAUUGACGGUAAAAAAGUAGGACUUCUACAUGAUUCAAAAAAGUCUGCAGUAAAAUCCUUUCAAUGGAGCAAUUUACCUCACAAAACAGGAAAAACAUUUGCUGUCAAGAAUCAGAAUUUACCAUCCCAGAAAUCUGGCCAAGGGUUACUUGUACGGCGUCAGUUUAUUCCAAAUUUAGUAAGAAAGUAUCAGUUUCUGCAGCAACAAUAUUUGAACCAGCCUAAUGAUGACCGACAAUCUCAAGCAUUCUACUCUAAUGAAGAAACAGGCAGUGAAAGAUCAGGUCCUUGUUCAGCACAGCCGUGCCAUAAUGACGGUGCUUGCAUGCGCAAGAAACGUGGUUUUUAUUGCAGCUGUGCACCAGGAUACAUUGGUACCCACUGUGAAACCAGGAAAGAGUGUGAUCCAGAUACCUGUAAGAAUGGAGGUACCUGUACCGAAGAGUCUAUGGGUAGACAUCUUUGCACAUGUGCAGUAGGCUUUCGUGGAGAGAACUGUGAAGCGGUUAGCAAAUGUCACCCAAACCCCUGUCGUAAUGGUGGCGAAUGUAGUGAAACUGAAGAGUCAUACAACUGUCUUUGUAAAGAAGGUUACAAGGGAAAGAAUUGCGAAGAUAUAAACCAAUGUGAUCCAAAUCCAUGUAAGAACGCUGGCACUUGUUUUGAACAAGAUGGCGAUUUUUAUUGCAACUGUCCAUCGAUGUAUCGAGGGAAAACAUGCGAAGUUAUAAGUGAGUGUUCAACAGCAAGGUGUAUCAAUGGUGGAACGUGCCGUGACUCCAAUACUGGUUUUGGUUGUAAAUGUCCUUACGGUUUUUAUGGCAAGCGAUGCGAAGUUACUGCAUGUCAACCAAAUCCUUGUCUUAAUGGAGGCGUAUGCUCCUUGUUUGGUAACCAGCACAUAUGUAGGUGUAGCCAUGGUUACUCAGGCAAACACUGUGAAGUUCACAGCCCAUGCACACAAAGCAUUUGUCUGAACGGUGGAACGUGUGUGGACAGCAUGUACACAAACAGUAAAUACGGAUUCGCCUGCGUUUGCCCCACCCAUUUCGAUGGCAUCUUGUGCGAGAAAAGACUUCCGGCAAAUAUUAAUCAAGACGAUGAAGACAAUUCUCCUAAUUAGCAUAGCAGAAGAGAAGGGCAGUUCCAUACAGAUAAAACAGCUACUGACCUUUUCCGGAGACUCAUAACGACGAAAGAAUUGAGCAAAGAAUUUUGGGAGUGAUCAAGACUUCCGAUCCACCUUUUUUCUUCCAAAGAUGAAAUUCCGCUCCAUAUGCAAACCAUUGCCCACACAGUGGCAAAGAGUAUUUUUCUGAACUAUGGAUCAUGGAACGGGCAAGCAAAUUGCUGAUUGAAAAUUUCUUAUUAGUCAUGCAUAUUUUCGUGCUUUUUUGUUGGUUCCAACCGACCAUUUGGGAUUUCGAAACUGGACAGGUCUAUGAUGAACCCUAACUGUAAUGCGUUUUAAGUUGUAAGUUCCUUGUACAAAACAUUUAGGAUCAAUAAAACGUUAAAAACGAUUUGCAGAAGCCGCUCA